AGUGAAAAGUUCUCACACUCAAAAGGAAUUUAAAUUAAUACGUUUUAAAACUGCUGAGUCAAAAAUGAUGUGAAAAAAAAGUUACGAAAAUAGACCGUGUGAAAAGCUAAGCUAAAAAAAAAAGCGAAAAUAAAGUACGAACAAUAUUUAAUCGCACCGCUGGCCAAAUUUGAGAGGCGGAGGGGAAGAGAAGCUAAAUUGGGCGGCUCGCGGAGUGCUCGCGUGGAGAGAUGCACUUAGGCCAGGCGAGGAGGCCAACGUUAGUGCUCCUGGCUGGGGAAAGUGGCAAGGCAACGGCAAGUUGAUGUUGCUGCCGUCUUGGCAUCUGAUUGGGGCCCUCCUAGUGCUCAUGGCAACAGCGGGGGACUCCACCAAUAAGAUCAUCUUGCCGCAGAUACUCAACGGUAACGUCGACAGCGGCAGCAACAGCGGCUUUGGUGCCUCCGGCACCAGCAGUGCCAAGCAUAACAGUGGCACCAACAAGUCAGCGGCACCAGCAACUGGCAACGGUGGCGCCACCGCCAACGGCAACACCGUCCUCGGCAGCAACGGCAUAAUUGUCGCCGGCGGUGUGCCCAAUGUGCCAACAUCGAAUUUAAAUGUUGUUGUUGAAGAACCCGAAUUUACCGAAUACAUCGAAAACGUAACUGUACCUGCUGGACGUAAUGUCAAAUUGGGUUGCUCCGUUAAAAAUCUUGGCUCCUACAAGGUCGCUUGGAUGCACUUUGAGCAAUCGGCCAUUCUCACGGUGCACAAUCACGUGAUCACGCGCAACCCGCGCAUCAGUGUCACGCACGACAAGCACGACAGACAUCGGACCUGGUAUCUGCACAUCAACAAUGUGCACGAGGAGGACAAGGGUCGCUACAUGUGCCAGAUCAAUACGGUGACGGCCAAAACGCAGUUUGGCUAUCUGAAUGUUGUUGUGCCACCAAAUAUCGAUGAUUCACUGAGCUCCAGCGACGUCAUCGUUCGCGAGGGCGCCAACAUUUCCCUGAGGUGUCGGGCGAGCGGCAGUCCCCGGCCCAUCAUCAAAUGGAAAAGGGAUGAUAAUUCGCGCAUAGCCAUCAAUAAGAAUCACAUAGUGAACGAGUGGGAAGGCGAUACGCUGGAGAUAACUCGCAUUUCUCGCCUGGAUAUGGGCGCCUAUCUCUGCAUUGCAUCCAACGGCGUGCCCCCAACGGUUUCCAAGCGCAUCAAAGUCAGCGUGGACUUUCCGCCCAUGUUGCUCAUACCACAUCAAUUGGUUGGCGCACCCGAAGGUUUCAACGUUACCAUCGAAUGUUUUACGGAGGCGCAUCCAACAUCCUUGAAUUAUUGGACACGCGGCGAGGGACCAAUCAUACAUGACUCGUAUAAAUACAAAGUCGAAUCGAGCGUCGGCGUGCCCGCUUAUAAGACCCACAUGAAGCUGACAAUUAUCAAUGUUGGCAGCGGCGAUGAUGGCAUUUAUAAAUGCGUAGCCAAGAAUCCGAGAGGCGAAACGGACGGCAUUAUACGAUUAUAUGUCUCUUAUCCCCCAACAACUGCCUCUUCGGGUCUCUACACAAGCGAGUCGCAUUGGAACGAGAACGGCAAUAAUAUUCUCGGCUAUGGCAACUCGGACUCGACGCGUUCGAUUUACGGCCAGGAUAAAAAUACGCGCUAUCAAUCGAACUUGAAUGAAAUCGGUUUAUCAGAACAAAAAUCCUUCCUAGAUAAAUCGCAGACUGCGAUAAGCGGAAAUGGCAAUUCUCCGGGCGUCGCCGUCGACGGCAGCAGCGACAGCGCCAACUGCGCUGUGGCAAUAGCGUGGCUGGCACUGUUACCAACAUUAAUGUUAAUGACGUCACUUGGCGCGGUUGGCUCUGGACCUAGUUAAGUGUGAGUGUGUGUGUGUUAACUGAGAGCUACAUAUCCGUAAGGCUUGAGGCAAACAACUAGCGCAAAACAAUAUCUACAUACUAAUUAUAAACAACGAGUACUCAUAUAGGCCCUAGUUAUGACCUAACCAGACCCUAGUUAUGAUCCGCCCCCAGAAAACAAACGUAUGCAACUAAGCCAAACAGAGCUUGCUGCACUGAUAUUGUGACAACCCUAAGAGUAACCUUAGCAAACAUAAUAGCUUAGCAUUUAUCUAU